CCUGCCGGGUGGUGUGUGCGGCUUUAUUAUAAAUUGUGUAUCUGUAAUUUACUGUAAUUUUAAUUGUAAACAAUGUAUUUUAUAAAUCAUGCCUAAUCGUACGUGUAAAAAUAAAAUCAUAUUAAAAGUUAAGCCGAUGUUGUAAUAUAUGGGCAUUUAUUUACUUUUUGUAUUGAUGUGAGGUGCUCGUGCUUUGUCUUCGUGUGUGACAAUAUACUCAAAAUGGCGCAUCAACUGGCACCGUCUGUAAAUACUUCAUUGGACGACAUUGACCUCAGUGCAUUAAAGGACCCGGCUGGCAUAUUCGAACUUAUAGAAGUUGUGGGCAAUGGCACCUAUGGACAGGUAUACAAGGGUCGCCACACUAAAACAGGCCAACUUGCUGCCAUCAAAGUUAUGGAUGUCACACAGGAUGAAGAGGAAGAGAUAAAACUAGAGAUCAAUGUCCUAAAGAACUAUUCCACUCACCGAAACAUAGCUACCUACUAUGGUGCUUUCAUUAAAAAGAGUCCACCUGGUAAAGAUGAUCAACUGUGGUUGGUCAUGGAAUAUUGUGGUGCUGGGUCUGUGACUGACUUGGUCAAAUCUACCAAGGGACAAUCGCUAAAAGAAGAAUGGAUUUCAUAUAUAUGUAGAGAAAUCCUAAGAGGACUCAGUUAUUUGCACUCCAAUAAAGUUAUACAUCGUGAUAUCAAAGGACAAAAUGUUCUCCUGACUGAUAAUGCUGAAGUAAAACUCGUUGACUUUGGAGUAUCAGCACAGCUGGACCGAACGAUCGGCAGGCGAAAUACGUUCAUUGGCACUCCUUAUUGGAUGGCGCCAGAGGUGAUCGCGUGCGACGAGAAUCCAGAGGCCACUUACGAUAAUCGCUCUGACCUCUGGUCUCUCGGUAUCACUGCACUCGAAAUGGCAGAGAGUCAACCACCUUUGUGCGAUCUGCAUCCCAUGAGAGCACUUUUUCUCAUUCCAAGAAAUCCUCCCCCACGUUUAAAAUCUAAGAAAUGGGCCAAAAAAUUUCAUGGCUUUAUUGAGACUGUGCUUGUAAAAGACUACCAUCAGCGUCCAUACACUGAGCAACUUUUGAAGCAUCCAUUCAUCAGGGAUCAGCCAACAGAAAGACAAGUCAGAAUACAGCUUAAAGAUCACAUAGACAGGUGUAAGAAGAGAAAGCAGGAUAACUCUGUGCGGGAGGACUACAAGUACUCCGGCUCGGAGGGCGAGGAGGAAGACAACGCGGUCGCUGGAGAGCCCUCAUCCAUCGUGCACAACGCCGCGGCGCACCAGGGUGGAGACACGCUGCGAAGGAACUUCCAGCAAAUACAGGAGGGCAGAGCUGCCGAAGCACAGCAACCACAACCGCCGCCUAAGCGAAACAGCAAACGUGAAGAGCGUGAGGAGAUACCCGAGCCUGGCCCACCGGCUAGGCCGUCCAUUCCACAAAGACUGAUCGUAGUGCCAGACCCACAAGCGCAACAGCCAAAUAGAUAUAGACCUCUGCCGCCCACGCCGAAGUCGUCGGGCUCUUCAAACAGCUCGGGCUCCAAUAAUGGUACCCCGCAACCGCCGCAACGUGGCUCUCACCACAUAUUCAAGCCAAUGCUUCCGCCGCGAAGGCCGGAGGACUUGGACAAACUGGCGGCGCAGCUCAACGAGUUUGCUGUCGUGUCUGGAAAUGAGCCACCUAAUCGACCGCCUCGGGCUCCUACCAAUGGGCAAGGGCCGCCCGUGGAGCGAAGCGCGCCGGAACCGCCCUUCGAGGAAUCUGACAGUGACUCGGAAGCGGAAGAGAGCGGCGGCCGCGUACGCAACGACGGCACGCUAUUGGCCAGCGACCCUCCGAAGCCGCUUCCCGAGUUCUGCUAUAGGCCGGGCUUGAGCGCGGUGUCGGAAGAUGGCUGUGGGGGCUGCGCACCCACCCGCCCGCUUCCACCCACGCCCGACGACGACGACCCACAUGCCGACCGCACGCUCGUUAAACGGCAGAGGGAGAAUCAAAAUGAUAAAAGACAAUCUGAUGUUGAUGAAGCCGUUCUGCUGAAGGAUUGGGACUUUGCCAGAUUUUUCCCCUUGAGAAAUACUGAUGCCAAAGAAGAAAAACAAGAUCAAACUAAAGAAUCCGAGCACAAACGUACGCAACUCCAACGUCAGUCCCGAAUUGAAAUGGAGGAUGCGUGGGUUAAAUACAAAGCCAAUGCAACGCCACCGGCGAGGCACAAGCAACUCCUUAAUAAACCUAGCGGAAAGACUACACAAGAGAAGUUGACCGAUAUUCUGAAGUACAAAAAAGACCAAGACUCCGAAGUACAGUCGCCUAACAGAUUUUUUAGAGGAUUCAGGCGCGAGAACUCUGAUUUAUUUCCACUAUCAAGUACUCGACAUUCCGCAAUUUACUUUCCAAAACACGAGAAUCAUGCGGGUGCCAAGCCGCUGAGAUCUAGCGGAAUCUUUAAUCAUUCACGCAAGCAAUCUAAUAAACCGCAAACGUCGGGCGAGCCUAUUUUGACAGAUUUCAUUAAAAUGAAUGAUAGCCUUAAAAUUGCUCAGAGAAACGAAACAAAGAAGGUCGAUAAGAAAUCUCCGGAAAAGAAGGUCGUAGCUAACAAUCCCAUCGAUGCUCUGAAGCACGUUGCGGUUCUGUUGAGGCAGGACAGUAGUCCAAGUCGCAAUAGCGCGAGCGGGGACUCGCCGGCCAGUAGUAUCUGCUUCGAAGCCAUCUCGCCCGACCUCACUGCUGACGCGACCGAAGCCGUUGCAAGGCCGCGCAGGGAAAAGACCGAGUCCGAUAUUGUAUUCCGAAGAAAUUCACUGUUUAAUCGGCACACAGAGCUUAUAACGAGUGGGCAGGAAGCGGUAAUCGCACAGGAUCAGGGUCGGUCGAGUGGUAAUAACGAAGGCAGCGGUUCCCGAACGAGCUCUGUGCUACCGGACUUGCUUAGCCAGGCUGGGCAGCCCACAACUCCGCCGCGCCACGACAAGUCGACCAGUGAAGAGUAUAGGCAAGCGAUUGCGGGAGGCGCGAUCACGGGUGGCACGCCUGCCCCCCUCCACCACCACCACCCGCUCCCGUCCUCCGCCCAGUCGACCCCGUCCAAGUCGUUCGUGGCGGGCGCGGCGUCCCCGCACGCUCUGCAACACUCGCCGUCCAACUCGUCGGUGGGCUCGCAACAGUUCCUCCCCUUGCAACAGAAGCAGCGCUCGUUCCUCACGUUCGGCUUCGGCGCGGGUGCGGGCACCGGCGGCUCGGGCACGGGCGGAACCGGCGGCUCGGGCAACGCUUCGCGCCGCGAGAGCCACGUUAACGUCAACGUCACGCCCACCGGGCACGACCUCUCCUCAGACACGCCCGAGAUACGCAAGUACAAGAAAAGGUUCAACUCGGAAAUACUCUGCGCGGCGUUGUGGGGAGUGAACCUGUUGAUAGGUACGGAAAACGGAUUGAUGUUACUUGAUCGUUCCGGUCAAGGGAAAGUGUAUCAGUUGAUCUCUAGACGCCGCUUCCAACAAAUGGAAGUGUUAGAAGGACAAAAUAUCCUCGUAACGGUUUCAGGGAAGAAAAAUCGUGUACGCGUUUACUACCUGAGCUGGUUGAAAUCAAAGAUCUUGCGAACGGACGGUGCGAAUGAUCAAGUCGAAAGAAGGAAUGGUUGGAUAAACGUAGGAGAACUACAGGGCGCGGUUCACUUCCGCAUAGUCAAAUAUGAGCGGAUCAAGUUCCUUGUUAUUGCCCUCAAGGAUUCAAUAGAAAUUUACGCGUGGGCUCCAAAACCAUAUCACAAAUUUAUGGCCUUCAAAAGUUUUGGUGAUUUGCAACAUAGGCCUCUAUUAGUCGAUUUAACUAUUGAAGAAGGUACAAGACUGAAAGUAAUUUAUGGAUCGGCAGAUGGCUUCCACGCUGUCGACCUUGACACGGCCAGUGUAUAUGACAUUUAUAUUCCAAAACAUAACACUUCUUUACAGACGCAAGGCGCAAUAGUGCCUCAUUGCAUCGUACCACUGCCUAAUUCCAAUGGGGUGCAGCUAUUACUGUGCUACGAUAACGAAGGUGUCUACGUCAAUACUUACGGUAGAGUUAGCAAAAAUAUUCUCUUACAGUGGGGGGAGAUGCCCACCUCGGUGGCCUACAUCGGCACCGGUCAGAUAAUGGGCUGGGGCAACAAGGCGAUCGAAAUUCGCUCUGUUGAGAGCGGACACUUGGACGGCGUGUUCAUGCACAAAAAAGCCCAACGACUGAAGUUCCUGUGCGAGCGCAACGACAAAGUGUUCUUCUCGUCUGCGAAGGGUGGGUCGUCGUGCCAGAUCUACUUCAUGACGCUCAACAAGCCGGGCAUGGCCAACUGGUAGCCGCGGCACGACUCCGGCCCUUCGGAAUUCAAAGACUUGUGAUAAUGACAGAUUGAUAUGUGCUCAAAAGACAAUCCACAAAUAUUACAAUUUCGUAUUCUACGAUCUUUUAUCUUUUAACGAAUGUGGCGUUUUGUACUGAAUACUGUAAUUUCAAUACGAGCUACUGAGAAAUAUAUAUUAUUAAGCAAUAACCUAUAGGAUAAAUGUUUUGAUAUUGACAAUUAUUCGUAAGUUAAAUACCGCUUAGGUUUUAUGUUGCAGGUGUUAAUUUCUGUAAGAAAAUGUAAUUCAAAUCAGACUAUCGAUUCAUAUUAUGCCAUAUAUUGUUUAUAAUGAUAAGCUAGGUGGGUGAUUACUUAAAACUCGAUACGUAAUUACGUUUGUUAGUUUAAUUUACACAAAGAUCGAUGCCAUGUUGGACAUAUUUGUAUUAAUAUCAACAAAUUAACUCAAUUCGAUUUAAAUGCUGUAAAUUACCCACAAUUCUUUAAGGUUAACUUAAGAAAUUGGCACUUAGUCAAGUCACUGUGUAUGAUAACAAUCACACCAAACUGCAAUAAUUUGAUUAAUGGAUAAAUCCUAAAAAUUUGGUACUAUUUAUUAUUUAUUUGUUAUGUACUAUAUUAUUUACAUGUAUAAAGAUGUAACUGUGCAUAUUGAAAAUUAUA